AUGGUCAAGAUUUUCAUCAGCAAGUUGACAAUUCAGAGCUCUGCUGGCAUCUUCGGCAUGAAGAACUGCAGCAGAGUCUCAAGUAAAAUGCUUUUUCAAGCCGAGUGA